AUGCCAUCAGCAACGCUUUCUUGCACUCAAUUACCAAAUAAUUUUUUCUGUUCUACUUGUGGAAAAGGGUUCAAAAAUUCAAAAGGUUUGACGAGACAUAAGAUAAUUGUACGAAAAUAUAAUCAAAAUCAAGAACUUGACGAGUUACCAUUUAAUAUCGUAGCAGAAUUCAAACAGGUCUUAGUCUCGGAAAUACAUAAAAAAUUAUCUUUGAACUUUAGAACAAAAAAAAUUUCUAGGUGUAUUUUUCGAGGAUUCAAUGCAUAUCAAGAAUUAAAUCCAGUUUCUUGGAAUUCUUCUAUAAACAGUCCUAGUUCUCAAAAUCAAUUAGAUGAUGAUAUGGAUCCUCUCGAACAAUUAUUACAAUCAUCAAUCAAAAAUUGCAAAAGUAACAACCAAAAAAAGGCGACCACGAUUUUUGAGAGGAGAAAUUUUAAUUGA